AUGGCUAGGCAAACAGUCCUUGUCCAACACACGCCGCUGUGGAACGCGCGCGCAACCACCGUCAUGGAGGCGUACCGCAACCGCUCCAUGGCCCGCGGCGAUCGGCGCCCCAGCACUGCCGAAGGCGCCUGCGGCUGCCAGCGCCAUCUCCAAAUGAGCAGCUCGUGCGGGAUGCACCCAGACGACAGCUCGCACAACUGCUUCGGCGAGUCGUAUCAUGGCCGCGGCACAUCAUCAUCAUCCUCAUCAACAACAGCAGCCUGCUACGACCAUUCCGCCGCAACGUCACCGGGCGGAGCGAAGACCGGUGCCGAGCAAGACGGGUGCGAGUGCAACACAGCGCGUCUCUUCGAGUCAUUAGACGUCAACGACAUGUCGGGCCACCUGUGGAUCCUGGGCCACCUCGGCACGACGGACGACGAGCGGGCGUCGCUGCACCAGUUCCUCCACGGCCAGCAGCAGUGGGCCGCGCCCGAGCCCGCGCCUCGCCCCGUCGAGCAGGAGAACCUCGCGCACCCCUACAAGCGGCGAUGCGUCGGCCCCAACGGGGACUCGAUGCCGGUCGACAAGACCUCAUACGACCAGGAGAGCCGCGAGUUUGCACGGUGGAUGUGGAACGCCUGGGACUACACCAUGUCGCCGUACCAGGUCAAAUGA